AACCAUGGUUUUGGACCCCAAAUGCCUUUUUUUUGCGACUAAUAUAACAUUUUAGCGCAAAACCAUCGUAAUAUUCAGAAUUAGCUCGUCAAGCUAUACCAAACCAUAUAUAACAUUGAGUUUUCUAGAAAAACUUUUUUAAAUUUUCUAUGCUAAAAAUGUUUCGGGAAAUUCACCAUUCCGCAUUUUGUAAACGCUACAAACAGCUAAAGUCCAAUCAAGCUCAACCUUUCGCUGAAUAUUCCUCUAUGUGUGCUAUACCCAUUGGUCAUAGCGCCAGUGAUGCUGCAUUGUGCUGGAGGUUUUCCAGAAACCAUCGUUUGUGGAGUUCCAGGACUGACACUCAGUGACUAUUGGAUGGACUAUAGGUAAUCGAUCAUGCUGAGCCUCAUGGCAAUAUGCACUUUUCGAAAAAGUUCUAAUAUCUACCGAAAAGCAAGUUUUACGAAAAUUUCCGUUUUCAGACUUUUUUCACCUAAUAUUAAAAAGUUCACUAAUCACUCAAUAAAUAUUAGAAUGAGCUCAAAAUUUCAAGAUAUGGUUAAUUUCCUCCGCUAAACGUGUGUAUGCGAUCGAAAACUCAGGAACAGUAUAUUUUCUUAUUGGCUUUUCCAGAACCGUGUAUUAUUUUCUCUUCUUUCUUAUGAAAAACUGAUGAAUCAGUCAGAUUAAGAGUAAGUUUAAUAAAAAAAAUAGCCGUAAUGACCCCUCCUUACAUACGGCAAAAUAAGAAGCGAUCAUCGCAGAUCAAAUAAACGAUUCAAUCUUUCAAAAAAAAAAUGAACUACACAAAAGUUGACAUAGUGCAAAGAAAAAGACAGAAAAGUCAAGUUGAACCAUGAUUUUUGUUACCACUUAACGUUCACCUGUUCUUACUUUUCUUCUUCUGUUUACUUAAUAAUAUUUUUUUUUCUUUUUUCUGUUUCUUUUUCUUUUCGUUUAUCUUGGUUAUAGUAUGUAAAUAUAACCCGUAGUUACUGUAUUAUCGUUGAUGACAACUUUUUGCUGUCUUCGAUAUUAAUACAUGCAUUUGUUGUUAUUUACUAUUGCCAUUGAAUUAUGACGAUUACAAUAAUAUUAAUUACUUCAAUUUUCAUGGCGGAAUUUAGUUUUAAUGUGGUACACACUUGUAUUUCCGAUUUCGAUUGUUCUCUAAAUGGAAAAUGUGAUGUUAAGAAUCAGGUGUGUCAAUGUGAUGUGUCAUGGACAGGCUCACCUGAAUGUGAUGUGCUUGCCAUUCUACCAACUUCACACCGAUACGGUUAUCAUAAUAUAAGCUCGGGCGUCGGUGCGAGUUGGGGUGGAAAUAUCCUCUAUGCCGAGAAUCAAUAUCAUUUAUUUGUAGCCGAAAUGGUCAACAACUGUACACUAAACGACUUCAUGUCAGCGUCUUCUAUUAUUCGCGCUGUUAGUCAAAAUCCAGAAGGCCCUUAUUCAUUUGUAGAAACAGUUAUACCAGUAUUUGCCCACAAUCCUACAAUACGUCGGACAAAUGAUGGGACAUAUUUAUUAUUUAUGAUUGGUGAUGGAACGAUACCAUCUCCGCCACCUCAUUGCGAUAGCGAGAAUAAAAGCAAUGACAAUUAUCCUCGCCUGUUAUAUAAUACAGGCGAUCCCGGUCCAUCAAUUCAUGUAGCAACUUCCCAAUCCAUUAAUGGGCCGUGGACUGUUCAUCCAUCUUUGAAUUUUACCAAUUGGAACAGUUCAGCCACUCUUGAUUGUGACUAUUCAAACCCGUCACCUUUAUUACUAUCCAAUGGCUCGAUUAUGUUAGCAUUUACAGCUGGCUAUUGCCAUAGUGGCAAAGAGUUCAUUGGAGUUGCAAUUGCCGACCAUUUUCUAGGUCCCUAUCGUUUAACCUCUGAUCAACCAAUUCUACCGACACCAUGGUAUUGUGUAGCCGGAUUUGGCGAAGAUGCAUUUUUAUGGCAAGAUAUUCGCGGAUCGUUUCAUAUUCUCUAUCAUGGAAUGUGUUAUGCUCCAUUCGAUGCAAAACAUGCUUUUUCAGUCGAUGGAAUCAACUGGAAAUUAUCGAAAAACGAUCCUUACUCUUAUUUAGUCGAAUAUAUCGAUGGUGAUUCAAAUUUAAGUUCGAUAUCAAGUCAAACAUUGUAUAUACGCAUGGAACGUCCACAAUUAAUAUUUAAUGAAACAAAUCAAGCUCCAAUCUUAAUAGUCAAUGGUGUAUGUGAAAAUUUACAAUGUUUAAAUAAACCAGGAAAAACAUGGACUCUUAUCAGACCAAUUAGACACUAA